AUGGUUUGCAUACCCGGCUUGUUAGCUUCAACUACAGACACUUGGCUCCUUGGUGAAGUCUACUGUCAAAUUUCUGGCAUUGUCCACGGCACUAGCUGUUCUGUGUCUAUCUGGUGCUUGUCCGCCGUCAGUCUGGAUCGGUAUUUAGCUAUCAGUUAUCCGGUCCGCUAUCGAAACUCGGCGAAUUUACGCCAUAGUCUGAUCGCCAUCAUCUUAUUCUGGUUAGCUGGGAUACUCACCUUCUCGGCACCACUGUUCAACGACGAUAACUAUUACAAAUACCAGAAAAACAUUGUUAUAUGCGGUAUGUACUGGGAGUCUCCCGUUUUCUGCAUCGUGACUGGACUUUACACGCCAGUUCUGAGCGCUGCUAUCUUGUUUUGGACAUCGUACAAAGUAACCAAGAUGCUAAAGAAUAUCAGUAAGGUGAAAACGAGCCGGCGUGGGCAAGCAAAGUCGACCCGGGAUACGAAAGCCGUACGCAUGUUAAUCAUAAGUGGUAUCAGUUAUUUCGUUGCUUGGGGCCCGUACACAAUUGCUGUCUAUCUAAUUGCCUUCAAAACGAUUCCUUUUAUCCCGGAACCUGCUGAAUUUAUUGUUGCCUGGUUGGCCAACUCUAACAGUUUCAUGAACGUCCUCAUUUAUUCCGGUAGCUUUGAAGGAUUCCGGAAGAGAUUGAAAAGGUAUUUCUCUUGUUUCGCCAUCAAAUGCUGCAGACAGAACUCUGUGGAACCGGUCAGUCUCCAAGCGGAUGCCGUUCAGCCGACGACGAUUACUCAGGCCAAUGUUUAUUAA